GCGUGUAACGUAACGAAAACGCGUCGCCGUCCCGCCGACCGUAGAAUCGCUCGCGACCAAUUCCGCCAUUUUAAGUUAGUUUCUUUUUUCUCCUCGUCAUCUUUGAUUAAAUAAAAUUAAUGUAAUCCGCUAGUCUCGCUAGCAAACAGGUCGCUGUACAGUCGCGUGAAAUUCUGCUGAGAAUAACGGGGCCGACCGAGGCCUAACGUUUUGCGGUACCGAAGCGCGUUUCGCAUCACAAUUGCAUUUGUCUUUGAUGGGAAAGCAUAGUAAUUAUUAUUCCCGAUCGUUUCGACCUUUUAAUUUAAUGUAAUUUCGAUCCUUUGACUUAAUUUAAUUCUACUUCGUUCGCGCUACAAAUAACUGCCAACCGCGCCGAACGGAACGGGCGUCGCGCCUGCUUUCCGAGAAAUCUUAAUCACGUUUCCCUCGCGAAGGUGGUUUUUAAAUCGAGGGAUUCCAACCGAGAAGUCGAGGCGAGAGCGGAUCGCGCGACUCGCGCGUGCGCCGCUACGGUCAGAUCGCUGACGCAAGGGAGUACGUCAGCUGUUUUGUUAGACUCUCGCGGCGGAUAGACGUGCGUGUGUGUCCGUCGUUGCCCGUCGUCGUCGUCGCCGUCGUAGUUGUCGUUGUCGCGUCGCCGUCGCCGUCGCCUUCGUCAUCGUCGUCGUUGUCGCCGUUGUUCGGGAAAUGGUGUUGCAUUGUUGACUUGGAGGGGCAUCUUUCUCUCGCGCAACUUUCGUUCGUCGCACAGCAACGGGCUCUCUCGCGCACCUUUGUUCGCCGUACGCGCGCGUGAGAAGGACUGCGUGCGCGUUUCCGGACGAUUCUGCGUGCGGCGGAGGAGUCGUGCGGACGCGCUCGCGUGUGUUGUCGUCGUCUUCGGGCUCGCGCUUCGCUCUCGCUCUCGUGACUCCGGAUCCUCGGGAUCUUCAACUGGGAGCGACUCCGCGCGAUUGAUCCCACGGGACCCUCUCGGUCGUAGGUAGUACCGCCGCGUGGGAGAGAAGAGACGUCCGUCCCCGGACCGUCCGUGAGAGACUACCUGACGCGAGUCGCGACAGAAUCGGGACGUUCGCAGGUAGACAACAUUGUGAUACAUCGACGGCAAGCGAGAGAGAGAGAGAGAGACAGACAGAGAAAGAGAAAGAGAGAAGCGUAGAGUGGAAACAUGGCACAGCCGACGAGCAGCGCGCUACGGGCGCUCGCCCUGGAAUACAAGAGCCUGCAGGAGGAGCCCGUCGAGGGUUUCCGCGUCAAGCUGGUCAACGAGGACAACAUGUUCGAGUGGGAAGUCGCGAUCUUCGGUCCACCCGACACUCUCUAUCAGGGUGGAUAUUUCAAGGCACACAUGAAGUUCCCGCCGGAUUAUCCGUACAGUCCACCGAGUAUUCGUUUCAUGACAAAAGUUUGGCACCCGAAUGUAUAUGAGAACGGUGAUUUGUGCAUAUCAAUCCUGCAUCCACCCGUAGACGAUCCACAGAGCGGCGAGUUGCCCUGUGAGAGGUGGAAUCCAACGCAAAAUGUCAGAACUAUCCUGCUAUCGGUGAUCUCGUUGCUGAAUGAGCCCAACACGUACAGUCCAGCCAACGUUGACGCAUCCGUGAUGUAUAGACGUUGGCGCGAUUCCAAAGGAAGAGACAAAGAAUAUGAAAAUAUCAUAAGGAAACAAGCUCAAGCUGCCAAGAUGGAAGCCGAAAAGGAAGGUAUUGUCGUGCCUGUAACUCUGGAGGAUUAUUGCAUAAAGACUCGAGCGAGGCCGGCCGAACAGCAACUAGAUAUGACAGACUUCUACGAUGACGAGUACGAGUUGGAUGACGAUGAGGAUGAGCAGUUGAGCGCGACUGAUUACGAGGAUGGCGACGAUAGUGGCAAUGGGGAAUCGUGAUCCAUCUCUUAAAUGAUAAUAAUAAAAAAACCCGCGCAUCGCUAAUUAUUAUAUUAUCAGUUCUGUAUAGAUUAAUAAAUU